AUGGACCAGCACUCACCCAUCCAGGGAAACCGAGGAGGAAGGCAUCGAGUAGAGCGGUACAGCGAUGCCUACACAUACCAGGAGCAGUAUCUGAGAAGGUACCCGGAGCACUACACCGAGCAGUACCCAGAUCAGCGGUCGGGUCAGUACGUGGAUCAACGUCCAAUGCCUUACUCAGAGCGGUGCGCGGCGGCGCGCUAUGCCGACCCUUACCAGGAUCAGCAACACCAGGAUCCAUACCGGCCGUUUGCUGACAAGUACCCAGAGCGGUAUGUCAGGCAGUACCCGGAGCGUUCCAUAGAUUAUGCGGAGUCUCGUGGGGAGCGGUGCAAUGCCUACCAAUCGAGCUCUCUCUUUGCCGACCCGCGAACAGUGCGGCAAGACAUGCCACCGCUGCCGCAGCAGAUGCCGCCGCCUCCCCCUUCGGUGCAGAGCGCGCCCCCGCCCGUGCCACCCCCACCCCCGGCACCCAAGAAGAGCCGCGCGAGGGAGGCUCCAGCCAUCCAGCUCGGGUCCGUUCCAGAGAAUAUGCUCGGCUCGCCAGAGCUCCCGAGCGUUGGCUCCCGAGACCAUCGGCUUGGCCAAUGCAAGCCCUGCGCGUUUCUGGUCAAAGGCUGCCAAAACGGCAUUAUGUGCAAAUUCUGCCACCUGUGUGAUGCCGGCGAGAAGAUGCUUUGGCGUAAAUGA